UGUUUGUGAAUGUGUGACGAAUCUGGUGAGCGAGACAGAGCCCCGCUGCAGAUGUUAAGAGAACACAACGCACGCGCAGGGAAACCAGUAGGUUUGAAAACCAGAAGGGGUGUAACACCGGCGCUGUUGGUGGCGCUGGAGUCCGCUGCGCACUUGGAGCGACUUUACAGCUGCGGACCGCUGGCAGGAACGAGGAGCCGCUCGGCAGCUUGAGAGGAGUGGUUGUGGUCCAGAAGGUCUGAGUUGGCACCUUGAUCCUGUUCUGCUGGUCCAACUGGGUCCUGGUGUCGGUGAUGGCGGACCACCUGCCUCCUGUUCUGCUGGAAGCAUGUGUGGUGCUCGGAGCAUCUAGUGACAAACUCAGUGAGGUCUACCAGGCCAUGAACAGUAAUGGAUCUCCAGAGCACCUCCUGCUGGAUCCGGAGGUGCUGUAUAUCCUGGCGCCUCCCUUUGUGAGCAGACCACGAGCUGAGAGUGAAGCAGUGAGGCCACAUGGGAAGAGGCGGCGCUCUUUUCUCCAGAAGAAAAGGAAACAACUUCCUCCAGCUGCAGCAUCUCCCAUCCAAGGCGGACGUGAAGAGGCCAGUGUUCCCAAAGACAUAGACCUCAUGGCUUUACCUCAGCUCUGCUUCCCGGGUGGGCUUCAAGUAACCAAUGAACAGAAAGAUGAACAAUUCCACUUCCUGGUCUUCACUGAUGUCUUUGGCAACAAGACCCAUGGAGUAGUAAUGCAAUGUUACCGACCCAUACUGGAAGGGACGUCUGCUUUACAGGAGGGAGUUGGAGCCCUCAAGUCCUCUAAACUUUUUUCUGCCUACAGUUUCUGUGUCAUAUCCAAGUAUCCUUACUUCACUGCACUCAAAGACUGUCUGUCCUGUCUGUUAAUCCAGCUCAGGACUUGUCAUUUAUCUGACAUGGAGGAGAAAGUGAAGGAGUUUGCAGCCAAACUUGCACUGGUGCCUAUUCCCCCUCCUGGACGACUACAUUUGAUGUUUACCUUGUGUCCUCUGACCAUUGUAUUGCCAUCCAGAGAAGACAAAGACCAUCCAGUUAUAGAUUUAGACCUCCAUCUGCCUUUCUUCUGCUUCAGGCCGCAGCAGCUCCUCCAGGGGCUGUCUUGUCUCCUGCAGGAGCAGCGGGUGGUGUUGUUUUCAGCUGAUUGGGCCAGACUCACGCUGGUGGCGGAGAGCUUCUUGCUUUUUCUGCAGCCUCUGUCGUGGCAGCAGCCAUACGUUCCGGUCCUGGCCAGAGGCAUGCUGGACUUCCUCAUGGCCCCGACGGCCUUCCUCAUGGGCUGCCAUCUCAGCCAUUUUGAAGAGGUUGCUUCUGAAACCGAUGAUCUGGUCCUCAUCAACAUAGAUAACGGAAGUGUGUCCACUUCUUGUUCUGAGACUCUCGGCCUCCCAGAGAUCCCCCCGGCUGCUGCAGACUGCUUCACAAAGAGGAGUCAAACACUGCAGAUUAAUUUUGACCUGAGUCAGUGCAACCGUGCCAGCUGCACUGACAUCAGUGAGCAGCGGGCGCAAAGAAGAGCGUGGCAACACAAGCUCAACCUGGACAUCCAGAGGAUCACGCUGGAACUGAUCGUCAACAUAUUCAGAGACGUCAGCAAUCAUCUAAACUAUGAACAUCGAGUGUUUAACAGUGAAGAGUUCUUGAAAACCAGAGAGCCAUCUGAACAGCUGUUUUACAAACAGGUGUUGGAAACACACAUCUUCCAUUCCUUCCUCAAGGAUCGUCUCCACAGGAAAAUGGACAACUUUGCUCGAAUGGAACUUAGCACUCGUUCUGAGAUACACAGAAUGAAGGCGAUGGUUGAGGUCCCACGCAGACGCACCAUGCAGGAGAUUCAAGCCCGGAGAAAGAGCUCUAUUUCAGGGAGCGCGACGAGUAAGAGACUGGGGAUGAGCCUCCCCGACCUCGGACACGAUAACACUCUCAGCUUCCAAAGAAACACAAUGCUGAGCAGGAUCAUCAUGUCUGACUCCGCAGCCAGCGUGUUCAGGCUCCCAGACUUCCCAGCCUCUCUGUCAUUCUGCUCCGUCCAAAGUUAUUACAGGAAGCUGAUCCAGCUGCUUGGCAAAGCCAUCUUCUCUGUCCAAAAGGAGGACUCUAUGCUGCUGGCCAGAUUCUACUACUUGCGUGGUUUCAUUAACACAUUGUGUUGGCGGCGGCUGGACGCUCUGGGCGAUUUCCAAAACCUGAACAAGACCGACACCGCCAUCUUUCCCACACAGCUGGUCACAUGGCUCGUGGACUCACUGCACCGGGACGAGAGGCAGCAAGCCGACAGGCGACCUGAACUCAAGAGACUUAUCCUCAGGGUGGAGACGGACAAUGAGAAGCCGUCGGUGCAGCCGGACGACCAUGUCAAGAAGUUUGAGCUUCCCCGAAAGCAUCUGCAUCAGGAGGAGUUUGUGCGAUGCGUUCAGGAGUGCGGCAUUGUUAAGGACGUAGCAACCAUACAUCGUUUAUUUGACGCUCUCACUAAUGGCCAGCCAAAGCAGGUCGACCCCAAACUAUUCAGAGUCUUCUACACCUUCUGGAAGGAGACAGAAGCCGAGGCACAAGACUUCAACUUGCCUUCUGAGGUCAUCGAGCAUCUUGACAAUAGCGAGUGUGUCUACAAGUUGUCGUCGUGUGUCAAGACCUCCCUCGGCGUCGGUAAAAUUGCCAUGACUCAGAAACGUCUCGUCUUGCUCACUGUUGGACGACAGGCCUUCCUAGAAAUCACAAAGUUCAGAGACAUACAGGAGGUGAAGAUCGCCACAGCUCCUUUUCUACUUCUUCGUAUUCCUUCCCUUCGUAUCCAGACCUCUGGUCGGGUCGAGGUGUUUGAGGCCAAUCUGAAGACCGAGACCGAACUCUGGAACCUUGUGGUGAAAGAGAUGUGGGCCGGACGCAAGAUGGCCGACCUGCACAAGGACCCUCAGUACAUAACUGAGGCUCUGACCAACGUUCUGUUAAUGGAUGCUGUGAUGGGCUGCCUACAGACACAGAGGCCCAUCAUUGCUGCCUCAAAGUUGGCCUACUUCGAUAAGAUCAAACAUGAAGCGCCCAUGAUGGUGCCUAAAACUACCUCAGAGACUCUAAAACACAGGAUCAACCCAUCACUGGGCCUUGCUGAACCUCAGACUGUUCAUGUGCUGCUAUACACACCAGGUCAGCUGACUUGCAAUGAUUCAAAGAGUGUGAUGAACCCAAAGCUGUGGGUGGCUCUCAGUGGGGGCAAAGUGGUUGUAUUCGAUGCAGCUAGCUGGUCCAUGCUGCAGGACUGCAUCCAGGUCGGAGCGUCACAGCUGAACUGCAUGCUGGGAUUGGUCCAGGAACAAGUGUGGAUUGGCUCUCAGGACUCAGUAAUCUACAUUCUUGACACUCACAGCAUGUCCUGCAACAAACAGCUGACUGAGCACAGACAGGAAGUGACUGGACUCACCGUGGACCUCAGAGAUCAACACAACGGGUAUAGAGACGUGAUUCUCUCCCGUCAACAUGUCAAUUUGAUCAAUCAGCAGACAUACUCAUGCAGCUGUGAUGGGACGAUUCUGCAGUGGGACACAGCGAGUCUCAAAGUAAAGCGACAGCUCCACCUAAGCUGUGAGCGUCUUUCCUCCAUACAGAUCUAUGAUGGAACACUGUGGUGCUGUGGUGGAGACUGCAUUGUGGAAAUGAAAAAGAGUGGGACUCCACAAAGAAGAGUGGAACUUCUUGAUGAAGUGCCCGGUAGCUUCAGCAGCUUCAUCGUCAUCCCAGAGCGAGGUCAGGUGUGGACGGGCUGGGCAAACUCCGGGGAGUUGUGUCUCUGGCACACCAACAACCACACACGUCCAUCCAAGAGAAUCUCUCUGCCAAGCUGCUCCGGGGUCACCUGUAUGAUUCGAGUCAAGGACCAGCCUCUCCUGUCUCCUUGAUUGUGUCAUUCCCUGCACCUGCCCUCAGCCACUCGUCUCGUUACUGUCUCAUGUCGUACACCUGUUUCCAUGUCGUACACCCGUUUUCUCCCCUAUAUAUUGUGCCACUCUUUCCCUUGUCUGUUGCUGGAUUGUUGUCUGUUUUCCCGUCGUCCUGUGUAUAUGUUCCCAUCGUGGAUCCUGCCUGUUUUCGACCCUGCCUGCCUGCCUGCCUGCCCGUUCCGACGAUCCUCUGGCUGCCCCUUUUGGACCUUGUGUUUGUUUUAACCUGUUUUUUGACUCAUUAAAGAGCGCCCAUUUGUUAUUCAAGUUUUGAUCUGGCUUGUUUCUCUGCUCAUGAGCUCCUGCACCUCGCUACCUGUGACGUUGGCGUGACAGAUUCAUUUGUUUGGUGCAAAUGUGCUCAUGUGAAAUAUGUUUGAAAGAUUAAAAACAAGCAUAUAGGAGUGUGUGUCUUUCUAAUAGACACUUUAUUAGUACUUUAAACUAUAGCUGCACUUUUAAAAAAAAAAUUUCACAUGUAAUCGAUUUAGGUGGUUAUGAAGUUUUAGGUAAAUAGUGUAACUCAAACAUCUUUUUUUGUCCGUCUUGUGGAUUCCCCUCUUUCCACAUGUCCAUCUUUCUUUUACCCUCCUUCUAUUACUUAACUCCUGCUACCUUUCCUCAAUGCCCUCUG